AUGGCCAUUGAGCAGGAGAACUUGAUUUUCCAGGAACAGGAGUCGGCUGACAGGGACCUUCGAAGGAAGGGAAAGGCAAUUGUUGUGAACAAUGAAGGGACAGAUAAUCAAGGUGGGUUCUGGAAGAGGCAGAGGACUCAUCAGCAGGCUCCAGGUAGAGUGGCAGCUGCACCUGCUGGGGUGGCACCCUUAACAUGUUAUAACUGCAAGGAAGUGGGCCAUAUGGCAAGGCAAUGUUUGAAGCCGAAACCUAGGUCGUGCUAUAAUUGCGGACAAGUAGGGCAUUUGGCUAAUGAGUGUACCCGACCUCGGGGUAUGAGACAGAGGGAUCAGCAGAGGCAACAUCCUCAGGGACAUGCGGGGGUGAUUGCUAUUGGCCAGCAGAACGCGGGGGUGCAAGGUACCUUAUCUGCUUGA